AUGGAAAGAGUUCGACACAUUGUUACAAGGCAUAGACGGAGGGAAUCUUGUGUAGAUAAGAUACAACUGUACACACUGAGCUUUGGGUUUUUGUGACGAAGUCAAGCUUAUUCUGUCAAUUACACUGAGGGCUACAUGGAAAGGUAGCAAGCUUGCUUGCUAGCUAAAUAUAUUCCGCUUUAAAUGGGGCAAGUUUUAAAAGGAAUGUGGAUCAAACCCACAAUGCACCAGGAUAUUAUCAUUACUCAUCUCUCCACAGAAAAAUGUCUCUCCUCCCCAGGCACUUUGUCUUUGUCCUGGAACGAAAUGCUGAGAUAAUGUUUUGAUCUCGUGUUUUCCUGUCAGCCAAUGGGAUGUACAACAAGACGCCUUUUUCAUGACUUUUAUUUUUCUGUUUACUGGAUUAGCACGAUCCACCAGUCUUUAAAAGUCGGUCUGCCAGGAUUACAGUAAAUGUUUCGUCAUUUGCCAUUUACGGCGAAAACAACUGUUUGAUCGGUUUAACCGGUGCAUCAUUUGUUAUCAUGAAUCUUUUUGUUUCUGUCUCGGUCUUUGGGAUUCAGAACAAUAAGUGGACACACUGGCAGCUGCUGUAAAACUCUGCUUCAGUUUGAGGGUAAAUGCACUAAAUAUUUGGAAGAAAACCGAAGUUUCAAUGGUAAUAUUUGUUCAUGAUGAAAGGUGUAGUUAAGAUAGUUAGCAAGCGUAGAUCAUCGUCAUAUGAAUGUUAUACAGACAUUUUAAAUUAAAAUACCGUGUUUAAACUGCUAUAUAUGGUCACCGCGUCAUUAGUUGUGGCUACUGUAUUGAGCUCUAAUUAUUUCUGUGUGUGGAUUUAGUCCCGUGUUUAUGGUAGAUUGUUUGCAUUUAUAGGCUACAAGAAAAAGUAAACAUAAUUGUUUGAAGGCAUAUAUUUAUGCGUAUUGUUAUAUCUGCAUUAAAACGACGGACCAUUUGGCAUUCAGUAUGCACCUAGCAAUAGUUCAGUUGAGCCAUUACAGGUCAUUUCGUUCGUUCUAAUGUCAUUAAAUGAAACGAUCUUAUAUUAUUAAGAAAUUAAAUUGUAGAGAGUCAAAAGAAGCACAGUUGCUAUAGUUUUGUUAUGGAAGUUUGUCAUUCGAUUCUGAAUGCCCAGGAAUUGCCAGCCACUUAACAUUUAUGGUGCAAUACCCAUGUAUCUAACAAUGUGUUGUUUUUCCAUAGUUUCUGGUUAGGCUAGUUCAUUGCUCAUUGGUUCACGAAGGUAUACGGGUAAAAUAACACAAUUUCUGUGGUCUUUGUUCUAUGUUUUAAAAGGGUAAGUCUGUAUUUUAACAAGCGUAUAUUGCACAUGUCAUGGAGGGAACGCUUAACAAUGUCCCAGAUGCAAUACUGUGGUAAACGAACGCUGAUACAAUUGUUUUUCCAACAAGAAGUACCAGUCCGUAUUGCAGUCGUGCUGAUUAUUAGAUUGCCCCGACUGUGCAAGGUAUCAGCUCACAGUGUCAUAUGAACAACACGUCAUUAAAAAUAAAUCGGUUGUCUUGCACCUUCAUUUUCUAGGCUGUUCAAACAGGUGUUGAGUGAGCUGCACUCAAGAGCAUUAAGAAAUGUGGCUGAAGAAUUUCCGACGAUGAGCUGAAAGAUUAUGCUAAAGUCAGUGCAUGGAUCUACAGUUACUGUUGGAAUAUUGUAUUACGUUUUUUUUUCUUUAGAGAAGAGUGCAAUGAUCUGCUGUUUGAGUGGCAACAGGGCCUGAAUAUCAUCUAAAUUGUGGCAUCACAAACUAAGCAAGGCAUUUGUCAAAAUGUCCCUGAAGGCCAAGGCACUGUACACUUUCCAGAGUGAGAAUAAGGAAGAGAUCAGCAUACAGGAAAAUGAAGAACUGAUCAUUUUUGAUGAGAACUCUGUGGAUGGGUGGCUGCAGGGCGAGAACAGCCGGGGGGAGCGGGGCCUCUUCCCCGCCUCAUAUGUGGAAAUAAUUCGACCACGUUCCAACUCGAACCUGACAGACUACUCCCUGAGCCCAGCAGGAUCUCCAGGCAAUGAGUCAUCCUACUUUCCCUCUGCCCCACACACCCCCUUUCACAUGCGUCCAAAUGACGAGGAUGAUGACGAUGACGACUGGGACGACUGGGAUGACAAUUCCACUGUAGUGGAGGACGAGGACCCCCGGCGAGGGGUUGGGGCGAACGGACAUGCCCACCAGAGCUCCUACAGCAACCCUAAUGUCCACUACCGGCCCAAGCCCUACAUGGAAAGACAGGACAGCAUCUCCAGCUCACGGAAGGGCAGCAUGGUGGGACGGAACCUCAACCGAUUCUCCAGCUUUGUACGCUCAGGGGUGGAGGCCUUUGUGCUGGGUGAUGUGCCAAUGAUGGCCAAGAUUGCAGAGUCAUAUACUAUUGAGAUGGGCCCCUGGGGGCCUCAGUGGAAGGAGAACCCUCAGCCUUUCACCUGCUCCAUUGAGGAUCCCACCAAGCAGACCAAGUUCAAGGGCAUAAAGACCUACAUCUCGUACCGCGUGACACCCAGCCACACCGGACGGCCAGUGUACCGCCGCUACAAGCACUUUGACUGGCUCUACAACCGGUUGCUGCACAAGUUCACCGUCAUCUCCGUGCCCCACCUUCCUGAGAAGCAGGCGACCGGGCGUUUUGAGGAGGACUUUAUUGAGAAACGCAAGAGGCGGCUCAUCCUCUGGAUGGACCACAUGACGAGCCACCCAGUGCUGUCCCAGUAUGAGGGCUUUGAGCACUUCCUCAUGUGUGCUGAUGACAAACAGUGGAAGUUGGGUAAGCGGCGCGCAGAGAAGGAUGAGAUGGUGGGCGCCCACUUCCUGCUCACCUUCCAGAUCCCCAAUGAGCACCAGGACCUACAGGAUGUGGAGGAGCGAGUGGAUUCCUUCAAGGCCUUCACCAGGAAAAUGGACGACAGCGUCCUGCAGCUGACACAUGUGGCCUCUGAGCUAGUACGCAAGCACAUAGGUGGCUUCCGCAAGGAGUUCCAAAGGCUGGGGAAUGCCUUCCAGUCUAUCAGCCAGGCCUUCACCAUGGACCCACCCCAUUGCUCGGAUGCCCUUAACAGUGCAAUAUCCCACACGGGCCGCACAUAUGAGAACAUCGGGGAAAUGUUUGCUGAGCAGCCAAAAUAUGAUCUCUUCCACAUGCUGGACAAACUGUCACUCUACCAGGGCCUGCUCUCCAAUUUCCCUGACAUCAUCCACUUACAGAAAGGUGCAUUUGCCAAGGUGAAAGAGAGCCAGCGCAUGAGUGAUGAGGGGAAGAUGGACCAACAGGAGGCAGAUGGCGUGCGGAAGCGCUGCCGGACCGUGGGCUUCGCCUUGCAGGCUGAGAUGAACCACUUCCACCGGCGGCGCGAGGUGGACUUCAAAGAGAUGAUGCAGGCAUACCUGAGGCAGCAGAUCUCCUUCUACCAGCGCGUGGGCCAGCAGCUGGAGCGCACCCUGCACAUGUACGACAACCUCUAGAGCUAAGCCCACCUGCCUGGCUCCGUCCACAUCAGCUCUCCACCUGCCCUCCACCUGCCCCCCACCUCACUCUCAUCAGUCUGGGAUGAGGGUGCAGUGAAUGUGCUCCUUCCCUUUUGCUCGCCUUUUUUGAGGGGGGCUGACAGAUGAGAAUGUUGACUUGGCAGCAGCACUGGUCUCUACACCGGUUUUUUGAGGAUGACCGCCCAAUGGCUGACUUGCACAGAACAGUUGAAUAUUUCCUCGGAGGAAAUACGAAUGAAAUCUAAAGUAAACAUGCCCUGCUAGUCAGGGUAUGUCUACAGACAAUCUUUUAUUUUUCCAGCCUUGCAUCCUUACAAUUUCCAGGGACACCUCUAACAAUAGAGAUAGGCUUUAAAAAAACAACACAAGUGGAACAUUUUUGUUUAUAUAAAAUUGUGGUAUAAUCAAAUGUCUCACAUAUGUAUGUACCAUUUAUUUAAGUGUGUAUAGUGCAUUAAAUGGCAGGUGACUGCAGUGUUAAAGAAUAUAGAGAUGCUGGGGGAAAAUGCAGGCUUGCACAAACCCUGCCCCACCCUUUGGAGGGUACCUCUCAUUGGUCAGAGCAAGGCUGCUCCUGAGAUGUAAACGUCAGCACUGUCAGGCAGGAUUGGCACUCCUCCCUUUUGAUGUCAAGACAAGGAUAUGACCAUUGCUCAGGGUUGUGCUGCUUUUCCAAACACCUUUUGGCUCCCCUGCAGAGCUCAGAGUAGUGUUUGACAAAGUGUUCUGGCACUGAUCACACUGGUCAAUGAUCUGGGGUCAGCAGGGAAUGAGGACAUGGUAUGGUGCACAUAGCUAUAAAGUCCCAAAAUGAGCACAGUCUUUUAGCCAGCCUUAACUACGUCUUCUGGAUUAAUUCCUGCCUUGUUUGUUCUUCAGUAGUUUACGCCUUUCCAGGGCACUGCUUUUGGACAGUUUUGAGGUACAGUGUGAAAGUUACUGAAUGAAUGAAUGAAAGAAAAAAUAUAUAUAUGUGAACUUGUUCCAUUAAGUGCCUAGGGGGAACCUACACAUUUAGUUUUAGACAGCUGAUCUUUUAUAGGUUGUUUCCUUCUUUUAUUUUUACCUUCUUUGAGGCGAAUAGAGAACCUCCAACUGUUCCAUUUUUUUUUCAAAGCAGGAGGGAUGACAUUUUAGUAUUGCUAUGUGGGAUUCCUUUAAAAUGCUGGGCUGAGCUAUUGAUUAGUUUACACUGCAGUUUAUCAAUAGAAUUGCGGUAGUCUUAAAAUUAAGUGAUGUGUGAACAAAACAGAUUUAAUCUUCAUUUUCAUCUUGAAUGGGUGCCCUCUUUAUUGAUUUUUCAAGUGCUGGAGAACUCCCCCUGCUGUGUAUUGCUUGAUGAAAGCCAGCACAUUUUUUUAAGAGCCUAAUUCCACAUGGAUUUAAC